AAAGCGAGUUCUAUUCGGCAUUGUUGAGCAUCGCAAAGCAGUUACCAUGGUGACGGAAUGGGUCGAGCCUACACAUAACAAAGGGAAUACCUAGAUACGCACCGUGAAGUCUAGCGUAGAAAUAGAGCAAAAUGAACCAAAAACCAGUUUGGGAGGAUAGAGAAGUUAAAUUCGACAUCCCUUCGGUCUACAAAACAACCCGCAGCGGAGAAGUUAUCCUAGAUGUGCUCGAUUCUGUAGAAGACACUAAGGGCAACAGUGGUGACUGUGGUCGGAUUUUAGUGACCAACCUACGUCUCAUCUGGUAUUCGAUUACGUCGCACCGUUUUAGCCUUUCCAUUGGCUACUCCUGCAUACUGACCAUGAACACCAAAACGGUGGUUUCGAAAGUUCGCGGAACCACCCAAGCGCUGUACGUACUCAGCGUUGGAUCGAACUCGCGGUUUGAGUUCAUAUUCACCAACCUGACGGCUACCAAUACGAAACACUUUGCUUCCAUCUUUGAUGUGUACCGUCUCUACCAGGGCUCGACCGUCUACAGAGAGCUAAAGCUUCGUUCCUCGGUGGUAGUGUCGGGACAGCUGCAAGUGCAGCCUCAGGAGCAGAUCUUCAACACCAUCAACGGCGUGUGGAACCUGUCGAGCGAUCAGGGAAACCUUGGCAUCCUGAUCGUAAGCAAUGUACGGCUCGUUUGGUACGCGGAGAUGAACAACAGCUUUAACAUAUCGCUGCCGUACAUGCAGAUAGCAAGUUUGCGCAUUCGUGAGUCAAAGUACGGCCCUGCGUUAGUCAUUCAAACGCUCGAAACGGCUGGCUCUUACGUAUUGGGCUUUCGCAUUGAUCCUGCCGAUCGGCUCGGCGACGUGUACAAGGAGCUACAUUCACUCCAUAGUGUCUAUACGGAAACUCCCGUGUUUGGUGUGUUUUACGAAGCGCCAGCCGCCGUCGAACGUACCCCGACCGAAUCGGUGGACGAUAUAGAGGAACUCAAUGCUACCACUGGAAGUGAAAUCAAUUCAAAGUUUACGGCCUAUCUAGCGGAUACGGCUACAAGAGAUGGUUUAGGCCAUUCUAAUCGGAGGCCUUUCUAUUGCAAAGAGCUAGGUUUUGCUAUGGAAUCUCUCAAGGACGGCUACACAGUAAAGGACCUUUGGGAUGUACUGCCAUCGCAAUAGGAUAGACAUGCGGUCAGUGGCUGAAAGCAAUAAGACAUCACACUUAACGACAAUAUCUCAGCUGUAGAUGUCCUUAUUAUCGAAAUCAUUUGUUUCCCAGAUUCGUACUAGCAACAGACACAUUUUUAUGGACUAUCGUAAUGAUGACUAACAAGAAAUCAACCCGCGCUCAUUUACAUGCAUCUUCUGCAAGCGGUAAAUGACGUUUCGAGUUAAUAAACAAUUAUUCUGCUGAUAA